GGUACUUAAAAUGAUAAUGGAUUUGGGGUCGGGUAAUUUAUUUCUGGCGGGUACUCGCCCUGCUACCAUCCCUACCCCGAAAUAUCCUCUUAAGUGUUCGUGUUCGUCUCGCUGCGCUCACUCGCUCCCGCUAUCUCUCUCUCUCUCUGCGCAUCUCUGGCUGGUCUCUGUGUUGGUCUCGCUUACUCUCUCAGCUCAAGUCUUACUGACCCAGGUCAUCUAGCCUCUGCCCCGCUCAAUUGGGUUGAUUUUAUUUACCCUACCAAAAUUGCAAAAGAGAGAAGAUAUUGCAAUAUAGGGUUAAAUUGUGUGUACCAUGAAGAGGUCAAUGCCAUGGAGUGAGCAGAUUGAUGUUAUAUCAUCAGAUGAAUCUUCUUCCUCAGAUGGAGAUAUAGAGACUAAUGAUGGAGUUGAUCCACAACAAUUGUCCCUUAACGUUUCACUUGGUGAAACUACAAAAGAAAUAUCUUCUGAAGGUGUACUUACCAGAAGAGCAGAAAUGUAUCAAGAAUACAUGAGGCAGCUCCCUAUCCCACCACAUCAUGGCUCUGUUAUACCAUUUUCAUCAUGGGUGGGUUUAGGCAAGUCAAUAAAGCAACUCUAUGGACAACCUUUGCAUUACCUCACCAACAUUCUUCUAAAACAGUGGGAUUAUCUGAGAAUUGGCAGCGAGGACGAACAAAGGGCCUUAGAUACUAUGAUUCAUCCUUGUAAAGCUGAAGCCACCAUAUGGCUUGUUGAAGAAAUUCACAGGCGUACCUCAUCUCAUCAUCAUGUUGCAAAACUCUGGUUGUUGGAUCCAAUGCAUCAUACUUUUGUUGACUCCAUUUUCCCACAACUGUGAAGCAUCAUUUUGAUUGUCAACUGGUUAUUAGCCAUGUUUGAGCUGAUUCUGAAGGAUGCCUUUUGAUUUCUGAGGUUUGAGCUUGGAAAUGUAUUUCCUGGAUCUAGAAUGUAAUAGAACCUUCUAUUUUAGAGCUGAUCCUUUUUUUUCUGUCAAUCUUUGUAAUUUUUGUUAAGGCGUAUCACACUGUAUCAUGGAUGGGAAACUACCAGAAAGGCAGACAUAAAGGAUCCAAAUUUUGCAUCAUAAAA